AUGUCCCUCAAUUUAAUUAUGCCAAAGAAUCUUGUGACCAUUGACUUGUCUCCUUCAUGUGCAGCUACCUUAACUGAAGUGGUUUUGCACUUUGCAAUUGCUUUCCUCAACCAACGCGCCUUACUCAUGCAAGUGGAUCGCAAAAAACAGGACGCGCAAACAUCAUUCUUGAUCUGUUUAACAAUGGCUUUCUUCACAUGCAUUUCUGACUUUCCAGUGACACUUGCUUAUGCUAUCACGGCCUACCUGUCGUGUUUGGCAAUCUACAGAGCUUUUUUUCAUCCACUGAACAAGUAUCCGGGGCCAUUGCUGAACCGCAUUACAAAUCUUCCAUUUGUGGUUGCAGGUGUGAGAGGCCAGCUACCUUUCUAUGCCGAAUCCUUGUUCAAGAAGUAUGGCCCAGUCGUCAGAAUGGGGCCCAAUAACAUCGGCUUCAUAGACGCAAACGCCUGGAGGGACAUUUAUGGCAUGCGUCGUCGCGGUCACUUUAAAAAAGCAUAUGAAUACUACCGGGAAGGACCGGAAGGACCCAUCAGCUUGCUUAAUGCCGGUCCAGAAGAACACGCAAGACUACGCAAAUGGGUGUCCCCAUACUUUUCAGAUCGUGGCAUGAAAGAGCAAGAACCAAUGAUUGGCGGCUACGUUGAUUUGCUUCUUAAGCGGCUGCAUGAGAACUGCGACGAUGGUACCCGCGCGCUUGACCUCCGGGACUGGUUUAACUUUUGCACAUUCGACAUCCUUGGCGAGCUUGCUUUUUCCAGCUCAUUUGGAUGUCUCGAGUCAGCCGAGUAUCAUCCUUGGGUGAAAAUCAUUGCAUUCCAGCAGAAAGAAAUCGAGUGGAUCGGCGAACUGAACCGGCAGGGGCUGAGGUUUAUCACAGCUAUCAUCAUGAAGAUACUUGCUAAGAACAAGUUGGAGUUUAUGGGGUACACGAUCCAAAAGUUACAAACGCGCAUUCAGUCGGGCAAACAAGCAGAUAUCAUUGAGUCGUUUCUCAACAACAAGGAAGGAAUGAAACUUGACAUGGAACGCCUUGUCCAGAAUUCGACGCUUCUCAUUGCGGCUGGGUCUGAGACCACAGCUACACUGCUCACGGCAACUUCGUUUCUUUUACUGUCUAACGCUGAAGCAUAUCGGAAAGUCGUAGAAGAGGUCAGAUCUUCGUUUUCAGAUCCUUCAGAGAUCACUCUUCUAUCCGUCAACAAACUCCCUUACAUGCUGGCCUGCCUGGACGAGGCGCUACGCGUGUUUCCAGUCGUUCCCUCUUGGUUACCUCGACGAGUCACGCAUGGUAGCGCUACCAUUGAUGGCAACGUCGUGCCCGAAGGCUCUCUCGUUGCUACUUGGCAAUGGGCCAUGUAUCACAACGAAAUCAACUUUACUAAACCCUUGGAAUACCAUCCCGAGCGUUUCCUCGGAGAUCCACGCUUCGCCAAUGAUAGGCUGGACGCAUUCCAACCCUUCAGCAUGGGCCACGCAGAUUGUGUCGGUCGCAACCUCGCAUACUCUGAGAUGCGCCUAAUCCUAGCGAGGAUUUUGUUCAGCUUCGAUUUGAAGCUAGCUGACGUGGGUCGUGAUUGGAUCAAGGGUCAAAAAGUUUAUAUUGUGUGGCAGAAGCCAUCCCUAAAUGUGUAUCUCAAGCCAGUCGAGCGAUGAGGCAAACCUAAAUCCAGCCUUGAAGCUUGUGGCAUAAGAUAUCCGUGCACGUAAUACCUAGAGGCUUUACACGCAAUAGGCAUGAC